UGGUGAGAAACUCUAUCGCUGCCUCUACUCUACAAACUGCCGGGAAAAGUAAAGGAGGCGUUGAGGCCAUGUUGAGGCGUUGUAAAAGAUCAUCAUCGUCAUCAUUUGUGGCGACAGCAUAGGUAGCCACCAUAGCAUAGGCGACAGGCGUACAAGAAGCCCAGUGGCUAGAAUUCUCCUGGCGGUACAGGCGGUUUGUUCGUAUCGUCGGUUCUUAUCGUAGCAGGCGCUGUAUCUUCACUGUUUCAGCAGAACCGUAAAUAGAUGAUCGUUGUUGAGUAAGAGAAAGAUGGAGAGAUUCCAAAAGAUUGACAGUAGUUCCCAACCACCUGCUGAGGCCGCUUCACGAGUGGAGCAAGAGAAACAGGUGAGAGCCUGGCUUCGCAAAAUUCUCAAGAAAGACGUCAUCUGCUGCAGAAUGAACGAAAAAGCGUUCAUCGCUUUGUGCAAGCUUAUGACUCUUCAAGAAGCUGCAGAAGCGGACGCACUUCACCAAAUUGAAGUUCUGAAAGCAAGGUCCAAGUUUUUCAACGAGAAAGCUGAAAACAUAGAAGCCGGUCUCCGAGCUGGAAAACUGGCACCAGACCAAUUGCCCGAAGAAGUACGCAGCAAAAUAGAGCAUAUGGCCCACCUAGCAACCCUUCUGGACUGUCAUGAUAUGGAUGUUGAAAGCGCUAUAGAAAAGUAUAAAGGACUUUGCCAGGAACGGGAAGAACUGAGGGUCAAGCAAUCCAAGCUGCAAGCCGAUGUUGAAAAUCUCAAACAGCUCACCCAUACAAUGGAGCAGCACUUGUUAGAUGUGGCCAACGAAGACUUGCAUGCAACAGCAGCAGAUGAGAAAAGGAAACUUGAAAAGUGGCAAAGACACGAGAUGAGGUACAGGUCAAGAGUGACCCAGCUGAAGGAACCUCUAGACUACAGCAAAAAAUUGGAAGAACUAACCAACAUGUUUUCUAUCUCCGAGAAACUCCACGGACUUGAGCUACAGUUAAAGGACGUUGAAAACGAGCUGCCCACACUUGACCUGCCGGCGGAUGAGGAUUACAUCAAGGUUGCACUUGAUUCUGUGACAAAGCGGUGUGAACAAUUGGAAGAGGCCUUUUCAAAUAACUUGGCAAAAGAGCGAGCUAAAGAGGAACAAGAGCUAAUGUGGCCUGACAGAGGCUCUUCCUCCUAAGCGCGGUUGGAAAACAUAUUUCAAGCACAUACAAUGCAAAAAACGAAUGUCAAACUGGUAGCCGCCAACCCCAUCAAAAAGGUCAUCCUCAUGGGACACAUCGGUAUAGAUGGCUGCUCCAUCUUGACAUAGAGGAAAGAAAAGUCUGAUGAGAACAUGGGGAGCCUUGCCAAGAGAACGACACAAAAUCUCUUGAAGAACAAGCAGACAAAGAAAUAAAGCUGCUUAUGUAUUGAAGGAUUAUCAUGAUGUUGGUUCCUAAGAAACCGUGGUCUGGAAUAACACACACAAAAAAAGCUAAUAGUUUCGUAACAAUUUUUAAAGAUAAUGACAGACUUUAAAUGUGUCUUUCAAACUUGCUUUGUUCUGUUUGGAGCAAUAGAACUGGCUUUCUUAUUACUAUUAAGCGCUUACAGGAUUUCCCAAGUGAUGGUAAAUCUUUUAACAAUUUUUGUUUUCUGCACCAAACAUGCGUCUGAGAAUAAUAGCAAAUCUCGUGCUGAUUGCUGUGUGCAUUGUGAUGUUGAAUUUCCUAUCUGAGCCAUUGUGACACUCAAUAUUCCCAUGUGUAACCUAACCAUAUUUUGGGUAUAUGUACUACUUAUACAUUAUUAAAAGGAAGGAUACACAGUUGUUGUUUUGGUCUUUCUAAUCCUUUAAGACCAAUUGUAGCUCCAUUUUCUUUUUACUGUAGGAGUCUUUAAAAAAAAUGUUAAUAUUUUAAAUGUUUAUGUACAAAAUCUUAACUAUUCUUGCAUGGGUGGAGCUUAACAGCAUUGGAUGAAAAAAUAAAAAUUGCAAGAAAAUCAAAAGUACCAUUGUCAAGCUGAGCGUGGCCACAAAAUGGUUUAAACAAACAAAAAGCUUUCACAGGCAUGUGGCUGUUAUUCUAUUUGCAGAAUUUGUCUUUAGCAAUUUUCCAGCUACUGUUUAAUUUCAGUAAGCCUAAAAUUUAAAAAAAAAUUACCUGUAACAAGUCCUGUGCUGAGCUCAGUGUGAUAUGAAGUCGCUCAUUAUUGAGC